AUGAGUUCUCGGAGAAGCAGAUCUACGAAAUCAAAAGGGAAAAGCGCUAAAAGACCACGCACAUCAAAAGGCAUUGAUAACAAUGAUGGAGAUGAGAGGCAUGAGAAGCACCACCAAAAGCAGACCAGUAGUUUGCUUUCAAAAGAUAGAGGAAAUAGGCUUUCUACAUUAUUUGGAUCUAGUAACUCUCAAGGUACUCGCUCCAGCCAAACGCCCAAGAUUACUGAAACUAACUCGGAUAACUAUGGUGGUGGUGAUGAUGAUGAUGGUGGUGAUGGUGAUUACCGAGAGCAAUUGUACUCUCCGCCGUUGGAUAUAAGGAAGAAAAGGAAAAUUGCUACACCAGUGAAUCAAUUGCAUGAAACGCCUCUCGGAGAAAAUCUGUUUGAUAGCGAUUCCUCGGACGAUUUCCUCAAUCUAAGAAACUUCAAGAAAAACCUGCAUCAACUAAAUGCCAAUAAAAAAAGGCCAGAUAUAGCUAGCACAUCUUCAUCUACAUCUCGAAUAGACAAAUUAACAAGCCGCCCAAGCUCGUCCCAACAUUCCGAUUCGAUCAAGAGCAAACUAAAGUCCCCGCUUACAGGAACUUAUGGCAUUAGCACAGGAUCUCAAGGUAGUGGUAGCCGACGACUUUCAGGGGUGGUUCGAGGAAAAAGAGUGAGCGCUAUUGGAAAUGGCUUCAUUGGAGAGCCACAUCUGGAGAUACCACAAUCAAGCUAUCACAAGUUCUUGGACCAAUCGGCAUCAGAAGAAGAUAAGAUGCGGCAACUUUUGAUAUGGAAUUUGAAAGCACAGCUCGCAAAAGAUGAAAACAGUCGUUUAGGAUCUACCUUCAAUGUAGAAAGUCAUGCUUCAUAUGAUAUAGGUAAAGCUAUAAAGGACGAAUUGAUACAAGUGUUAACGGAAGGUUCAUUUUCUGUUGGGUGGAAGACUUUGGGUUCCUCUUUUUUUGAUAAUGAAAAUGGUGGGCCAGCACUAUUGCCUAAUCCAUUGAACAAGUCGAACCUUGAAAACAUCAAAUUUUUUUCAAAGAGCUUACAAAAUCUAGAGCAGCAGUUGGAAGAUUGGGAAACCACGUAUAGGGCAAGCGUUGCGCCCAUUGAGAAACUAACAAGCAUUUCAAAUACAAAAGACAAUGUUGAAAGACCAGAAAGUCUUGUUGAUAGUACACUAGUAUCCAACUUUAAGGAGCUAGAAGAUAGCUUUACGAAAACACGUGAGGAUUUGGUUCAGGUAAGACCUAUGGUAAAGAAGCUAUAUCACGCUGGCUACCAAAUGAAUCAAGCAUCUGAGCUAAUAAAGGAUGUGGAGAAGAACAAAAUACAUAAACAGAUAUCGCGUAGUUUGCAAGUUUAUGGAAGUCUGAAUCUUGCGAGAAACCAAGAACCUUCUUUGCUCAAAAAGGAUAAGAAAGCUACGUUUUCCAAGACUAGGAAUCUUCUCAAAUCAAUUUGUCAAACAAAAUUUCAAAAUUCUCAAGUAAAGGGAUAA